UGAUGUGCGACGUGCUGCUGUUUGACAUUUGGUGUCUUGCUGUGAUGUGUAUAUUACCAAAUUACCAUUUGUUUAUUUAUAGAAAUGAUUUAUUAUUGAAUGUUAAAUUCCUAUAAGUGACCAGAAAUUGUAUCGGCAUCCUUCAUUUUGGUUGAAUUUUUCAAUUUGUAUAUUUAUAAAUACUCACCAUAUUAAAAUGAGUAAAAAACAGUCCAGUGAUUUUGAGAUUGCUCCUCUUAGACCAUUAGAUGAUUUUUUGAUGGAAGCUGCUAGAUUUCAAAUACCAAAUGUUAAAGACUUUGAGAAAUGGGGCAAUCGAGUUACAAGCAAUCUUCUGUACUACCAAACCAAUUACUUCCUGAUGUCCAUUUUGAUUUUUGUUUUAGUUGGACUAAUACAUCCGGUGAAAAUGGCUUGUGGAUUUUUAGCGACUGCAGUUAUUUUCAUGAUUUUUGUUUAUGUAACAAAUGAAAAAGCUACUGCUGCACGUUUCAAGAGAAACCACCCUAUCCUUUCAGUAUUUAUAAUCUUUGCUGGUGGUUACUUUGUGGCCUACAUGUUGCAGUCUCUACUUGUAUUUUUUCUAGGUAUUCUUCUACCAGUUUCAGCAAUAUUUGUCCAUGCUUCCUUGAGGCUCAGAAAUAUCAAAAACAAAAUUGUGAAUAAAGUGGAAAAUUUGGGACUCACUAGAACUCCAAUGGGAUUUUUUCUUGAAGAAAUUGGAUUGGAUAGCGAUUUGUUUUGAGAAAAACUGUGGUUUGAAGCAACGUCUUUUAACAUUGUGUGAUUUGAUAUGUGAUUGGUUUCAAACAUUUUUUUCCAAUGAAUGACUUUUUUAUUCCAAGGUUUUAUUUCUUGGUUUUUAUUUCAUAUUCAUAUUUUACUAACUAUAUGUACUGAAAAAUAAUCAUUGUAUAAUAUUAUAAAUAUAUCUAGUCUUUCAUCCAGUCAGUAUAUACUCCAAAUCUUUCAUAUUCGAUUUAAUGAAUAUAAAGUAUAUCUUAGUAACUGUAGUUUAUGCUCAGAUAUUAAAGUUGAAAAAUAAUUUA